CGGUGUUCGACAGCGCGUCAGGGUCCCGUCUGAGCUCGCGGUUCAUCACCACCAGCGACGCUGGACAGGACGAGGAGCUAGCGGCGCUUCUAGCGAAAAUCAGGGAGAACAGACUAGUCAUUUUCGUUGGCACGGGAGAUUUCUUGCGCAGCCUUUACGACGCUGGGGCAGAUGCCCUCAGAACGUACGGAAGCGUCAUGGUGGAUAAACUAGCGAACUAUGAGCCAUGGUUCUUGAUCGGGAGGUCGGGGCGUGGACCACUCACCGGGAACUUCAGCAGUUCUCAGGGGUUCACAACUCUCGUAGAAGGCACCAUGACGCUGCCGCCGUCACUACAGAACGACGUUAAUAAAGUCAUGUCCGCUCACCACUCAGUCAACCUCUUCAAAAUCAAGGAGAUCACGUACAUGCACAGCGAGGGCAUCCUAGCGGGCGAGCUGAAGCACGGCCCCCUCGCCCUCGUCGACAAGGGCAUGCCUAUCAUUAUGAUCUGCAUGCGCGACAACACCUUCGUCGUCAGUAUUGUCUUCACCAUCAUCAUCUAUAUCAUGCGAGACAGCCUGUAUCAUGCGAGACGGCAUGCUAGACCUCGUCCUUUAUCAUGCGAGACUUUGGCCUUUAUGAUGCGAGACUACAUGCUAGACCUCUAA